AUGCCUAUCUGUACGCUACCGACGGUGACAAUUUACGAGGACUUUGACAAGCUCAGCGCAAAGGAGGUGUACUUCACGGAGUCGGGCGACAAGGUGACGGUGAAGCUGUUACACUUUCCCAACCUCAGCCCGGAAGAGCAGGACCAUCUGAAGACGAUGUCGGACAGUGGGGACGAGCACGGUGCGGCCAACGCCGGCACGGCCGGCCAUGCCGGAACGUCCGCGGACGCGGUGCCCCGCACCCGCAAGAAGUCCUUCACUCGGAAGCUCUCGAACGAUGCGCGCAAGUUUUCCGCCCUGGCCGCCAGCCGCAAAAACUCCAAGGACGCCGACCUGACGGCACUGCCCGGUGGGGCCAACGCAGCCCAAUCGAGCCAGCAUGCGGCGGGGCAGCAUCAUCACCAUCAUCACCACUACCAUCACCAUCACCAUCAGUACCAGUACCAGGCGGCGGUGCCGGCGGCACACUCGCACAGUGGGCCGCCCCAUGUCCAGCAGCAGUAUCAGCAGCAGCCGGUGCGGGCGACGCAGCGCACACACAGCACGUCCCACUCGCAGUACCACUAUCAGAGCCAGCUGCCAAUACUGCAGCAUCCGGCCGACGGGGCUGGCCGGUCGGAGUGUGCGGGUGGCGGCUCGCUGCGUCACCGCAUCGGGGCGCACCGGUCGCCGUCGCCGCGCCAAUCCGCCAGCCUGUGUCCCGGGUACGAGCAGUACCAGAUGUCGCUGCUGGAGGUGCCGAUGCCACGUGAUUACGGCGAUGCAUCGAGCGACGAUCUGAGCUCGGAGUGGGACUCGGACGUACCGGACGUGCGGCAUGAAUCGGGCACGAAGCCUUCUGGAUGGCGUAAAUUGCGCAACAUCGUACAGUGGACACCGUUCUUCCAGACGUACAAAAAGCAACGCUAUCCGUGGGUGCAGCUAGCCGGGCAUCAGGGAAACUUCAAAGCCGGACCGGACCAGGGAACCGUACUGAAGAAGCUAUGCCCCAAAGAGGAAAAGUGUUUUAAGGUACUGAUGAAGGAUGUCCUGAGACCCUACGUUCCCGAGUACAAGGGUCAGGUGAAUAGUGAAGAUGGCGAAUCAACCUAUAUACAGCUGCAGGAUCUACUCAGCGAUUUCUAUCAACCGUGCGUGAUGGAUUGUAAGAUAGGCGUCCGGACCUACCUAGAAGAGGAACUGUCGAAAGCCAAAGAGAAGCCGAAACUUCGAAAAGAUAUGUACGAAAAGAUGAUACAGAUCGAUCAAAACGCCCCCACCGAAGAGGAGCACCGUGCUAAAGGUGUCACCAAGCCACGCUACAUGGUAUGGAGGGAAACCAUCUCCAGCACGUCCACGCUCGGAUUUCGAAUAGAGGGCAUCAAAAAGAGUGACGGCACGAGUUCAAAGGAUUUCAAAACGACAAAAUCGCGUGAUCAAAUCUGUGAAGCAUUUCGCGAAUUUACUGACGGGUUCCCGCAUGCAAUGCCUAAAUACAUUCAACGGUUGAAGGCGAUUCGGGCAACGCUCGAGUAUUCCGAGUUUUUCAAAAGCCACGAGGUGAUAGGAAGCUCACUGUUGUUCGUGCACGACCGUCACAAGGCAAGCGUCUGGCUGAUCGACUUUGCCAAAACGGUCGCGCUUCCGGAGAGUGUGGCCAUUACGCAUGACAGCAAGUGGAAGGUGGGCAACCACGAAGACGGCUACCUGAUCGGGAUCAACAAUCUGAUCGACAUCUUCAGCGAAGUGCACGAUCGGCAAACACUGCAGUGCCUGACGGAGCGAAUACCCCGGCUUUCGCUACCGGACGACAUCAACGGUAUCGAUGCGAAUUCGGAUGAUCCUCUGCGUCACGACGGGUGCAAUCGGAACAGUGAGAUCUCGUCUGCUGCCGUACCCGCCGUGCCGGACCGAUGUGUCGAUAAGAUCGGCUGUGUGAAUAACAACAACAAUUACGACUGCAAACCAGAGGAUCAGCAGCUGGUGGGCAACAGCACGGCGGACACGAGCACAGGCCUGCGUGACUGUAUCGGGUCGAGUUCGGGGUAGUGCUGGCAGGUCUGGCCGGGCGGGUACGCUGCCAACCAAGGACUGAAUCGAAUUAGUAUGUAAGAUUUUUGUUUGUGGUCAACCACGAAAACACAUGCAGUUGUCGAAUGAUUGAGAACCGUUUGUUCAUACUCCGGCAUCGAGCGAGUGAGAAUCCUUUGUUAAUUUAUAAAAUACUACGAUCAAACACUCUGAACAUUAGGAUAGUAAUGGUAGCGUAAAGUACAGAAGACGAACAUACAGUUUAAUAUAUUCAACUCUAUUAUGAAAAAAGUUUAUGUUUGUAUGUGUAUGUAAUCGGAAUUGUAGGAUGUAGUGAUAACUUCACAUUUUUGGUAAGUAGCUAAUAAGUACGUACGAAAAAAUAUAGUAAUUGUUAAUAUUUUGGUA